UUUGACACUAGACGUAUCGAACUUGUUUGAUGUUUUAGUUGAGAGACUCAUAAAUACGUAAUACACUUGACAUUGGCGAAAUCUAAAAGGAAACGCCAUAAACCUAAGAGAUAGAUAAAUACGUGCGCGUGCGGUGAAAUAGAAGGUUUUCGUUUUUCUAACCCAUGAUUAAUAAAUUAGAUUUCGGAUUUUGAAUAAUAGCUCCUGCAGGAACCCGGCUUUGUAUUUUUAUUCGCUGUUUCUUUGUUGAAUUUGAUUGCAUCGUCUUUUUGAAGUGCUUUUCCACAACCACCGGUUUAUUAUUCAGUUUUUCUAUGAUGACGUCCAGGCAAGUAUUUAGCGAAAGCGAGAAGACCUUGCCUACAAGAAUUAAUUUUAAAAUAUAAUCUGCACAAAACUGCUACCAUGACAGCUAGUCAAAACACAAAAAAACUUUUCUGGAUACAGUUAACAGAAGAAUUCAAUUCAAUUGAAUCAAAUGCAAAGCGAAGUGAGGCCCAGCUCAAGAAGUGCUGGGAUAAUUUAAAAACACGGAGGAAGCACUUUUUAGCUAAUGAAAAGCGUCAGAGAAUGAAGACUGGUGGCGGACAGUGUGUUCCAAAUGAGCCACAGCCUGGUAGCAGCAAUGAGACCCUUAUUUUUGCUGAGGUUCUACUGGAUCAGAUUGAUGUGGAACUCAGGGGUGUCAUUGACAGUGAUACCAUUUACAGUUCUGAAGAUAUUGCAAUGGAGCUUGAAACAUCAGUUCCAGCAGCAGCGCAACCACAACAGAAUGAUGAAGUUCUGAGUGUAAGCUGUGCAAGAUCAUCAGCUGAAGAAUGAGGGUAAUUCAGGAGGAAUUUAAGUUUAGAAAAGAAUCUUAUGAAAAGAAAGAGAGAAGAGAAGAUGAACUCUUUCAAUUCCAAAAAAAGGAAAGAGAGUGGAUGAUGAAGGCAGCAGAAGAAGUAUAUCUAAAAGCAAAGGCUGAGAGGGAAGCUGCAGAGGAUAUUAAAAAAUAUAAUCGGGCUAAAAGAGAUUGUAGUGAAAAAUAAUUUAAAUAAAUAACUCAUAAUCA